AUGGACGAAACCCUGUGCCGAAGCCUCAAUACCUCCAUCAACUUGGAAUACUUCGCUACCCUUGCGAGUGAAUGGGAGGAUUCCGCUAUCGAUAACAUCAAUGAAGAACACAACCGGUUCGUCAAACAUCUUCACAACAGUGCUAGGAAAGCAGAGAGGCUACAACGUGGAAUCGCGCGAACUACAUGCAAUCACCAACAAACGUCCGAACUUGCGAAGCUAUGCAGAAAAUCGGUAAAGGAAGUUCUGAAAGAGAGAAGAGCAGCCGGAAAGAGCAUUCACAAAGCAUGGCGAAGCUUCGCCAAUAACAAGACCAAGGUGCUUUCCCUUCGUCGUCAUGUACUACCGGAUCCGGAUCUCUUCGACAACCACAUCUACCUGCAUAUCCACCAAUUCAGGGGAUACGGAUAUGUCGCUCCUUCGGUCCUUCCUUCCGAAAUUCGACAUGCCAUUACGGCGAUGAAGUAUCAUCUAAAGAAUCUUCCACCCGUUAUCGUAAGAACUCUAGCUAGGCUCUUUACGCGGUACCUUUGUGCCCACGUCAGAAAAACUAGCAAGACUGUGAUGCAGUACAAGAAGGUAGAUCCCGACGAUACUGGGAACUAUCGCCCAAUCUGCCUACUGAUUGGCAGAGUUCUGCAAGGACAGCCAUACGAGCGAGCAGGGUUUCGGAGAGGGUUCACCUUUGAGACCCUCAAGACAGAGGCAGUAAUCGAAUCCCUGGGCAACCAGGGCUUCGAUUACUGCCUCUGUAUUGAGGGUCUCAAAGGUAUGGGAGUGAAGGUCGACAACCGCUACUCCCAUCAUUUCCGCUUUGCAGGCGGUAUCGUGCUCAUAACACCUAACAUCGAGCAAGCGGAGCGAAUGCUGGCAGGGUUUGACAGGGUCUACGAUGUUCAUGAAAACGGAUUGGUACCCAAUGCUCCCUUCACGUCAAACGGAACGUGUAUUUCCGAAUGCUCUAGCUAUGUGUAUUUAGAUGGGAAAAAACGCGCCGCGUGGGUAGCAUUUAAAUACAUCGAGGAAGAAGCGAAGAAGACGAAGAAUAUCCAGCUUCGUGCUCACCUUUUCAACACUGCUGUCCUUCCUGCUUUGACGUACGCCUCGGAGACUUGGAUUCUACGAAAGCAGGAUGAGCGAAUUUCACUAUACACGCAAGUGCAAAAGGGAGCUCCAGGCUCCGCCAACAAAUCGAAGAUCAGGCCGGACACGGCGGUUACUGAGUGGACCCCUUGGGGCGUGAAGCGAGCACCAGGACGGCCGCCAAUAAGAUGGUCGCACUUCUAA